CGCGCCGACCGUCAUCGAGUGAGGGUGGUUUUCGUCCGCGCGCCAAAUACUUGGCGCCAAAUCUUAGCCAAAACCGCGUGCUUCCUCGCCGCACUUUUAAUAUAUCACGCGUAUUUAAUUCCGUCGGUUGUACAAACUCACUCGGGGAACCCUGGUGUGGGGCGAGCUGAAAAUUACCGCACAUAGUCAUAAGUGCUAAUGUAAGAGAGAACGUCGUCAUGGGUACCGUGUGUUGUGCCCCGCAGGUGUAGUGCAAAUCGCGCGAACGUGCAAGAAGGAAAGGGAAUAGAGAAACGGUGCGCGAGAAAAAGACAAAGGUUAGAACGCGCGAGUGACCGGCCGCUAACUUCAAGCAUCUCAUCGUGGAGGAGUGCGAUAGAGAAACGGAGACAGAAGUAGAGGUACGCGAAGCCGAUAAUGCGGAGCCGUUGCUGCCGUCUUCGACAACAGAACGUCCAGAUCUGCUCGUAAACGAGCGAGGAGGUCUGACAGACAGAGAUGACUCACGGAAGAACGUCUAUCUUCAUAUUGGGAUGCAUAGGAACCUUUCUGCUGCUCUUCGGCAAUGUGGUCGCGGAGGUUACGGAAGCGUCCGCUGUGUCAGAGAAAUCUGAUCUCUCCCAAAAAGCAUCGACUCCCCAAGAAGCCACGACGAUCUUAACAAGAACCUCUUCGAUCUACCAGAAUCAAUCGAUCGUGGAAAACGAUGGACGCAAUAUCAACUUGGCGAAUCGAAAAACUGAGGAAGCUGGGCCACAUGACAACGGUAACGACGUGAGUAAGGACAUAGAAAGAAGCAAUGUGUCGCGCAAUUCGAUAAAAUCAAACGACGAGUCCGAGGAUUCGUCAUCGUCAGAUGGGAACAAAAAGUCGAGAUAUGAAGAAGUCGCCACUGAUAGCUCCGGGAAGAGCACCAGCACGAAAGUUAUCUCUGAAGAUGCUCUUAAGCUCUCCAGCACGAACGAACUGAUUGUAACGACCACGAAGCUGGCUUUCAACGAUUCAAAGCAAGAUAGUAAGGAGAACUCUGAGAACGUCACACUUCAAGAAUUUUCCAAUCAUAAAGGAAUACCCGAUGCAACCAUCUCUCCAAGCACGGAAGGAAAAAUUAUCGGCGAAAAAUUAAGCGCGAAUCUUACGAAAACCUCGGUAGAGGAAAGAAAUGUAACUGCAAAUAAACAAGAAACAACGACUGUUAAAUCUACCGGAGAAGAUUUCUCCUUGAUGUAUUUGAAAUCAUUAACCGAAAGUAUCAGAUUCGACGAAAAAAAGGAUAAAGUUAUAAAGUCUGACAAAGAGAUUGUUUCGAAAGGUGACUCGAGAAAGAACAAAGAUAUAAUCUCGGCUGAUUUGAAGAUUGAGGAUCAUGAACUGGAGAGUCAUGAUCGAGAAUUGACUACGAAAAGCGGUAUUCAGUAUAAAGAUUUUUCGGCAGCCAAAAAAAAUGCGAAUGAUUUAGGGACAACGGCAUCCGAGGUACUUGAUUUGGAAAAAAUCGAUGAAAAGGAACACGAAGAAGCCAUAUCAUUAAUUAAUGACACGGACGUUAAUUACAAUCAUGUUUACAAAACUUUAUCAGAAAAGGACCUUAAAGCCAACUCAGACAAUCAUUCCAUCGCUACUGAAUCGCACGGCAAAAAUGAUCUGAAGGAAGAGGUAGAAGUCGUUAAAAAUGUGAGUCACCAACCGACAUUGAGGAUCGUAUCCACCACAAACGAUACCGCACAAAACGAUUCGCACUUUAAUGGAUUGGACAAUCAGGAAGCAGCCGUUUAUAUCAAGAGAGAAGAAGAGACUGGCGCCGGAAACGAAAACCACCACGAACAAAACUCCCCCGCUAUCAAUACGACCAUCGAGAGUACAGAUGGUGCGGAAGAACGGAAAUCGAUAGGGAAACCUGAGAGUCAAGUAAAAUUACCCGAAACAACGACUCAGAGCAUCCAACUUACUGGGCAUGUUUCAUUCAUUGGUGAAACCGUUUCUAGUCCUGUUCCACAGGGUCGAACUAUUGGUUUUUCCAGAAUUAACGAAUUCUCCAGCAUAGAAGUAAAAUCUACAGACCCGACAAAAAUCGAUGAAGCAGUCGAAGCAUCAUCGGUCACCCAGAGUUUGUAUAAUAGUUCCAGCACGGAAAGAAUAGAUCAGAAACCCUAUCCUUACCUGAAGUCCAGUAGAGAAUCGUUACAGAUGACAACAGAGGCUAAUUCGAAAUUGGAGAAUGAAGGCGUUACCGAGGAAACAUCGGCUUAUGAAAACACAAUUGGGAGAGGUGAAUCCGAGAAGAAGUUUGUCAUCACGGAACCUUCGGUUGUGAUCGAAAAUAGCAUCCUUCAGCAACAGAAACUGGAUAAGAAGAAUAUUAACAGGUCUGCAAAUUCCACGGAAACUCUGUCCUCAGUGACAGCGAUUCCAAUUGUUUCAGCCAUUGUUGGACCAACGAACGAAACUUUUUCAGAAAGAUUUAACAACAGCAUAAGUAAAGGCGAGAAGGUGACGAGUUCGGGACCAAACGACAAUGAUGUGUCGGACGUAAAGGAGAAAGCGACUGCAAUUAGAGGCGAAGGUUAUGACGUAACCGGAAAUGUGAUAACGGAAGUUAGCUUGACUCCAGACAGCAAAGAAGUGAAGACACAUUCCGGCGAAACGACGGAAUCGUCAACUUUGGGUUCCACGAAAAUGUCGAGUACAUCAAAAACGAUUCCUCUGGACACGGAUAUUCAGAUGGAACCGGAGGAAGCUAUGAUGAUACGGUCAACUUUCGUCGUCACCGAAUCCACAAUGGUUCCUUUAGACAAAGACGUGACGACGGAAGCGAACAAGUCUACAUCUUCGAUGGCAUCAGAAGUGGAGAUUAGCACAACAGUCGUCACGACGGUUCCUGAAAAUUUCACAGAAUCGACAACGAAGGCGAACGUUACCUUCCUUCCUCCGCAGUCUUCCUCGAACGUUAAUCAAACCAGCGAAUCUACCACGUUAAACCCCGACAACUUACGAAUUCCGACGACUACGCCCGUCGAACUCGAAUUCGUUAGUCUUACGGAGGCAGUUUCUUCGGCGAAUAACACUAUCGAGAGAAAUCUCGAAGGACGAACCUUUGAAGAACAUACAAUGCCCUCGAAUACCACGACGAUUCGAGAUUUAUCCAAUAAUUCGACGGAUGAGACGGUCACCACGACGAAGUCUGAAGAGUCCUCCGAACUGCCGAUGACCACCGAAGAUACGUCAACGACGGAACAAGUAUCAAUCGUCCAGAGUAACAACGAAACUGUCAAAGUCAGAGAUUCUCCAGUUGUUCCAGUUACUCACAGCGCUUUUGAGGACCAAGGCAAUCGCACGGAGUCUACGAAGUACCCCGAAGUUACUGUUAUCGAUCUCAUGAGCGCCACCGCAGGCGCUGAUAUCGCAGGAACCUCCGGCGUUACCGAGGAUCCUUCAGAGUCCAAGGACUCAAGUUUCGACACGAACGUCACCGAAACGUCGGCCCCAGGCACAGUGGAACUUCCAUCGAAUUCAGGUGUCACGACGAACGCCACGAAGGGCCCUUCAGUUCCGUUUGCCGCAAGCACCGUGGAAACGAGAAGCACAGUUCCCUGGAGUACAUCUUCCACGGAAAACGUGCCUGACGAAGAGACGACGGAAAAUAUCCAGAUCCUAUCGUCGGACGAGAUCACGUCGCUGGUUAAAAUUGUCAUCGAGGGUACUCUUCGCGAAGUCUGUCCUCGGCUGCCGGACUUAAAGCAGGCGCUCGCGAAUGUUCUCACAAAAGGCAUGGACGUAACGAAACCUGUCUUGGCGAAGCAAAUCAUGAUUCAUCAAAAUCCUUGUACCGAGCUGGCAAAUUCGUCUGUAAUAUCCAUAGAGAGUUCUCUAACUUCGAUUCUGGUUUACGUCGUUGAUGAGAAUGGCAAAUUUGACGCGGCCAUGACAAAGAUUCUACCAAGUUUAUACAAGGUGUCCACCUUCCCAAUGAGAAUACACAAGCUUCUUUUGGUACCGGAAGCGGAUUCCGGAAACGCAAUAGCUGUCGUCGUAGUCUCUUCCGUGGCCUUCAUCUGUCUCGUGCUUCUAGCCGGACUCUUGUUCAUAAUGAGAAAGAGGCAAACGAGGUUCAACUACGGAGAACGGUGUCGACCGGUAUCCUUGGACGCUUACAGUCUCGACAGCGUUUCGGCUUACAACAGCGUAAGGCGCAAGGGUGCGGUAAGAUCCUCCAAGAGAAGCUAUGGCAACCCGACCUUCGAGGAUUCGAGCGCCAUUCCCUCUCAUCCCCUGAACUUCGCCGGGCUUUCAUCUUUCUGUAACGACGUUAAUGCAAUCAACGAGGAGUUCGCGGGUAUACCCCAAGUUUCAGGAAAGAUAGACGAGUUGCCCCCGGGAGCGGAAGUGAAGAAUAGAUACGCGAACGUGAUACCACUUCCGGAGACGAGGGUGCAGUUACAGAAGCUAAACAAUGAUGCCUCGACUGAGUACAUCAAUGCCAGUUACGUGCGGGGACCUAAAAACGCCACAAAGUAUUAUAUCGCGUGCCAAGCGCCAAUAGAGUCGACCGUUACCGACUUUUGGCGCAUGAUCUGGGAGCAGCAGUGCAAGGUAAUCAUCAUGUUGACUGAUCUCGUUGAGAACGGAGUGGAAAAAUGUACGGAAUACAUUCCACCGUCAGAGGUGACCGACUGUCACCGACUUUACGGUGACUUCCAAGUUACCCUGAAGAAGCGGGAAACCAAAGAGAAAUAUGCCAUCUCCACGCUUCACCUAAAGAAUCUGGAGAACAAUACGUUCCGAGAGGUAUUUCAUAUUUGGUACCUAUGGCCGGUGAGUGGCGUCCAAUCUGACGGCGCAGGCCUAAUAGCGGUACUCCUCGAAGCGAGAGCACUCCAGCGUGGCGGCCCCGGACCCAUCGUGGUCCAUUGCAGUCCCGGUACAGGACGUACCGGUACGCUAAUAGCCCUCGACCUAGGAAUUAGACAAUACGAGAUUACGAGGACUGUGGACGUUCCGAGGGUCGUUUACACUAUCAGGAGAGAUCGUGCCGGUGCAGUUCAAACCAAGGAGCAAUACGCUUUCAUAUACAAGGCACUAAAUCUGUACGCGACAAAACUCGCCGGCGGCGUAUUGGAAUCAACGUGAAAUAUACACGAGGAUACCCGUGAAACUGGAUUUCAAUUAAAAUGUCUCAUUAGCGGAUAAUGUGUGCACAUAUGCGAAGUCGAAAGAUUCUGCUGUGUGAAAAAAAACUCGCGCUAGUUAAAGAAAAUGCACGAAUUUAUCGCUAAUAAGUAUCAAGAUAUGCCAAAUGUCGCCUAAUUUAAGAUCAGAGACAUAUCUCGGAGGUCUCUUAAUAUCUCGGAGGCUCUCAAGAAAGGAGAAAAAGAGGACUUUAUCAAAUGCGCGUAAGCUGUAAAAUGAAAUAAUGACUACGACAUAUAUAGAAUAUAUAAAACAGGGUGGAUGUGUAUUUUAUUAGAAUAUUGACUGUUAUGUGUGUAGCGACAAACUGAACUUACGAAGAGCUAAAUGUUACGAAUAAAUUAAAGUAGCGAAGUGAAAUUAAUUUGUGAUAUGUGUGGAUUACUUGUAAGUAUAUUAACAUGAGUGGAAUUCGCGUUUCAUUGAUUUUGUCGAAAAUUCUGCAAAUUUUAGGAACAUCCAAAAAUAUCUCUGUUUUUGUUAACAAACAGAGAUUUUUAGUCAUUCCUGUGAAUUUAUGUGAAGUAAUAUAAAUGUAUUUAAAAUGUAUUGAACUUGUGUAUUGUGAACGUUUUAUCAAAUUACUAUAAGAACAAAGAAUCUUUGAUUUGACUAUUCAAUGUUCAAAGAGAAACCUUUUUCAGGUUCUUAAAUAAUGGCUAUAUUUUUUGGAUAUUCCUAAGAUGAUGAUAAAAUUUUAUGUUAAUAUUAAAAUCGUAUGUGAUUCACAAUGUUUGUGGAAUAUCGAAAACCAAAAACUAAAGGAAAAAUAAGUUUGAUUGAAACUUUAAUAUUGAGAUUAAUUGUCUUUCUUAUUUUCUAUUAAUAGUUGCGAUCAAACAUAUUGAGAGAAAAUUUGGAAAUAUUUUAAAAUAAUACAAGCGCGAAAAUUCGUGCGCGUAUGAUUAUAUAUGACAUAAUUCCUUAUAUAAUAAUCAUUCACGAGAACACAAAAAUUAUUUUUUACCAUAAUAAUAUUCAGACAUCGCAAGCGCAGAUUUGAUUUUGAUUUUCGUUUUCAAACCAAUAGAUAUGUUUUGUUAUUAUUGUUAUUAUUGUUGUUAAUGUACAGAGUAUGUUUCAAUUCGUGAUUUAUAUGUGUGUAUAUGUUGCUCUCUAUAAUUGUAAAUAUGUAGAGUGUCAACGAUUAUUUCGACAAUUAUGUUAAUUAAUCUACUUGAGAGAGAUUUUAUUUAUACAUAUAAAUAAUCGUUAAUCACAUUAAUUUUAGGCCAAGAAAUACCAGUGUUUUUUUGUAAGCCUAAUUGUACGGACUGGAAACAAAUGUCCGUCCACAAGUGCAAUGUACCAAGUGUGUAUUUAAAGUAGUUAUUAUAUAAUUAUACAUUAGUCAUUAUAUCUUUAUAAGAGAAGUCCUUUACUUGGCUUAUGAUUCUUCAUAGCAAUUGAAGUAAACAGUAGAAUCGA